AUGGAAACUUCAAGCAUUGUUGAGCCCACGGGGACUUUCAAGACACUUCCAAUCACACUUCUCUCCGGGUUUCUGGGCUCCGGCAAAACCACCCUCCUCCAAUACAUCCUCAACUCCCCUCACCAUGGCUUCCACAUCGCCGUAAUCGUCAACGACAUGGCCGCCAUCAACGUCGACGCCAACCUGAUCCGUUCCUCCACCUCCUCAACCAAUCCUGCCUCCCAACAAAAGCUCGUAGCCAUGCAGAAUGGCUGUAUUUGCUGCACCUUGCGCGGCGACUUCGUGCUUGAGCUGGCGAGACUGGCUAAGGAUGGGAAGUAUGAUUAUGUGCUGAUUGAGAGUACGGGGAUCAGCGAGCCGCAGCAGGUUGCGGAGAGUUUUACGAAGGAGUUUAGUUUGGCGAUGGUGGAGGCGGAGGGUGGUGAUGGAGGUGGGAGCGGAGAAAUGGCGUGGAGUAAGGAGGAGAAGGAUGUUCUUGGGGAACUUGCUGAUAAUGGUGGGCUUAACUCGAUCGCUAAGAUUGAUACAACUGUUACUGUUGUUGAUGCGUUUCGGUUCUUCGAGGAGUUCGAGACUAUUGAGUUGCUGCAUCAGAGGUUUGCGUCGGAGGUGGAGACUCCGGAAGAUGAGAGGACUGUGACGGAUCUCAUGAUUGAUCAGAUUGAGUUUGCGGAUGUGAUUAUUGUGAAUAAGAUCGACAUGGUUGACGACAAAACCCUAUCUCGCAUCCGUGGUCUCAUUAAGACACUCAACCCAGGCUGCAAGAUCCUGGAGACUUCUCUUCGACCAUCCAAACAAUCUGAGAACCCAUUUGGCGCUAUUCCACUGGAUGUCAAAGAGAUCAUUUCUACCGGUAGGUAUAGUGAGGAGACGAGUAUUAAGUCGUCUGGGUGGCUGAAAAGUGUGCAUGACAUGAGUAUGAUCGACAAUCAUGAGAGGAAGGUGUUGGCACCUAAACCUGAGACUGAGGAGUAUGGUAUCAACUCGUUCGUGUACAGAGCUCGUCGUCCGUUUGAACCCAAACGACUUUUCGAGCUUGUAUAUGAUAAAUUUGUUAUUCUUGAGCCUCAGAAUGAAGAGGAUGAAGAUGAUGAAGAAGACGACAAGGGCGACGAAUACAUCUCGGCACAUAGACCUGCUUCCAACUCUGCAUCACCAAUAUCCGAGGAUCACAUUUCUCCACGACAAGAUUCGCCCAUGACCGCAUCUCCCACGGCUUCUGGUAGCCCUUCAGAUGCAGUCACAUCACCAGGCACCUGUGUUACAGAGGAUUCCAGUGAACUCACGCAAUAUCCCGACAUCCCACUAGAACAACGCCUCGCAAACAAAAAAUCCCAUCCUCUCUUCCACAACCUCCUCCGCUCUAAGGGCUUUGUCUGGCUCGCGACACGCCCGAACCAGUCCGGUGACUGGUCUCAAGCCGGAGCUAUGCUAACGUUCUCCCCAGGUUUGCAAUGGUUUGCAAAUGUUCCCAGAGAGCAAUGGCCGCUUCCUGCUGGCGAGGCAGGCAUAGAGCUGACUAAGAUGAUUGAAAGAGAUUUCGAGGGUGAGUGGGGUGAUAGGAGGCAGGAGGUUGUGUUGAUCGGGGAGGGAUUAGAUGUCGAGGGUUUGACGAGAACUUUGGAUGGGUGUUUGCUGAGUGAUGCGGAGAUGGGGGAGUGGGAAAGAGUUAUGAGGUUGGAGGGCGUUGGGGAAAAGACGAGGGUGGAGAUGUUGGGGAAGCUAUUUGAGGAUGGGUGGGAGGAAUGGGAUGAUCCUGAGAUGAUAAUGGGUGGUGAUGAAGAGGGACAUGUGCAUGGUCCUGCUUGUGGGAUAUAA